AUGACUGGGCUUCUUUUUCUCAAGGUUCUCAAGCAUAUUAAAAAGCAUACCCUUUGUUUAGCAGAAAAUAAAAUACUUUUGGUGAUGGACAAUCGUGGAAGUCAUUGUACACUGGAUGCUGUGCUGUUUGCUAAGGAUAUUGGUAUUGUGCUAGUUACCCUUCCUCCGCAUUGUUCUCAUCAUCUCCAGCCUUUGGAUGUUGGAGUCAUAGGGCCAUUCAAAUCUAAAUUGAGAGUAGCACAAAAUGAUUGGAUGCUAUUGAAUUCAGGUAAGACUAUUAGCGUACAUAACUUGGCUGCAAUAGCAAAUACUGCAUAUACUUUAACAUGUACAAACAAAAACAUCACUGCAGGUUUCCGAAAAACUGGAAUUUGGCCCUUUUCACGUUCCAUUUUAACUGAUGAAGACUUUGAACCUUCUUCUGUAACAGUUUCGCAAGCUUAUUCUAGUGAAAUUCUUAGUGCGGAUCAAAUCGUUGAAGAAAGGUGUAAAAUAGAUAGUCUCCCAAGUACUAGUAAAAAAAAUCAUAAAUUUUGUACACCAACAAGGUUAACUGAAAGUAAACCUAAUGAGCCUAGGUUAAUGACACCUGUAGAUGUACCCUAA